AUGAUGUGCGAGGGUAGUCGCGAUUAUAUUUACGAUGGGCAAAUUGAAAUACCGCCUGAAGACGUUUCUGAAUAUUGCAUUGACUCUUCAGUGUUACGAUUUCAACCAUCUGAUUCCGAUGUGCAUGACAAAAUUACAAAAACACGCUGCAUCUUUAACAAUUGUCCCAUUUCGGUGCUAGAAAAUGAUCUUAUCAGGCAAUUCACUUCAUAUCUCCACACAAUACCUAGUGAAUACAACUGGAACGAUAUGGGUAAUGAAUUUUUAAGGUUUCUAUACACUGCUAACUUUAACUUUGAAGAUGCAGGUAGGUUGAUCGCAGAAAACUACAAAUAUCGUUUCCAUUCCAAACUCUUACCAGCUACUCUAUCCAGUGUACAAUCAGUUCUCAAUAGUGGCUGUUUGUAUUGGCAUGGUAGGGAUAAAAAUGCGAGGCCCACUUUGGUUAUUAAUCCGCAGAGACUAUCAGACUUAACAUCAGAUGUUAUUGAUGCCUUAUUAGCCUUUACCCUCGAAUUUUUUCUAAGAUACUUAUGCGUGGCAGGGCGUGCGGAAAACUAUGUGAUUAUAGUGGAUUGUGAACACGAGGGACUGCUUUCAAUGUCAUUCCAAAUGGCUAAUUUGUUCAGAGAUAUGGGUUCAAAAUAUCGUGGACGGUUAUAUCGCAUUUUUUUUAUAAAUACACCUAAAUUCUUCAGCGUAGUCCUAUCAUCGCUAACUUCCCUCCUACCCAGCAGCACUUGCAACAAAAUUGUAGUACUGGGGGAUGAUUACAAGGAAACAUUCUCUGCUAAUUACAAUCCCUGGCAACUUGAGCGUAAGUUUGGGGGGGAGGUAGAUUUGAAAUCCUGGUACCCCUUCAAAUUCUACCCAAAUUGCACAUCAGCUACCGUUAACAACAGUAAUUCUACCGAAGUUUAUGGAGAUAACGUAGCCAUUGGCAGUAAGAUACACGAUCUUCCAAAAAUUUUCUUCACAGGAAGAUGUCUUGUCCCUUGUCAAAAAGACAUUUGGCAACCUUACUUGAAUACACUUGCGUUGACUGAAACCACUGUCAAAUAUUUAACCAAUAUAGACCCAAGUUUGCAGGAUUGUCUCAAUUUGGUUGGUGAUUAUGAGGAUUUAAGAAGGUUGUAUUUUGACAAUUGA